AUCCAAACAUUCUCCCUGACUUACCAGAGACCGCGUCGGCUGAAGGACCAACUCAUUAUAUUCGCAAUCCUUCGCGUCUUCGAUGUCGCCCUCACUACUGCUGCGGCCACGGCAGCAGCAGCAGCAGCCGGCGCACACGCAGCUGGUGCCCCCCUGACCCCCGAGAUACUACGGAAUGCUGCUGCCGCCGGCGCACUCAAAUCGGGACUUAUGGCUUUUGCCGGCCUCAUUAUGCUAUUAGUGCCACAGAAGUCGGCCCUCAUCAUCCUCCCGGUGCCCUUGGGUACAACCAUGGCGUCAAAUGUUGUGUUGAUGGCAGCCAUAUCAACUUGGAUACUUGGACACGCGCCAACCCAGCUUCUCGUAGCCACCGUUGUGGCGUCCGUCCCACUCACCUUAUGCCUGGUAUAUUAUUAUGGAGCAUUUAAAGUACCAGUCACAGUAACUUCAAUUCCAUUGGAUGUCCUCGGGGCAUAUACAUUCGUGAAGAUGGCCGACAACCUAGGCUACCCUAUCUGCCCAACCAGGCCCGCAAUGGUCGCCGGUGCCAUCCUUGGAACGGUCUUUUCCGCCAGCCUAACUUUACUCAACUGCUUCGUCAUAGGAAAGAACAGGAUCAUAUACCAGGACGAGGUCUCCACCCGGGGCUGGGCUGCCCACAGUUGCUGCGGAAACUGGGUUUCGUUCCAUUCCACCGAGACGGAAUACUACGGCGAGGGUGAAACCAAUGGUUGUAGGACUAAGAUCACGUCCGGAACGGUGCGUAACAGUUAUCAUGGCCUCGGAAUUCGCUGGGAUUCUGGUGUGGUGUACGGGGGGUUGCUUUUGGACGGGUCUUCAUCGAAGAGAACUUCGUCGACUCAGGCACAUGACGGGCCAUGA